AUGGAGAAGCAGCUGAAGGACAUCGACCACGACGACGAGGUCGCCAAGGAGGAGGGCGACAAGAGGGCGAUCCGCGCGGAGGGAGGAGGAGGAGGAGGAGGAGGAGGAGGAGGAGGAGGAGGAGGAGGAGGGGGGAGGAGGAGGAGGAGGAGGAGGAGGAGGGGGGAGAUUCGGGUCUGGCAGAGCGGACGUGCGGAGCUGGAGAAGGCCACCAGCCUCAGGCUCUGGAAGGAGGCCGACAAGCAGCGCGUGGAGGCCAUUCGGGGAGAUCUCGAGGAGGGGGAGAUCAAUGGGACCCUCGAGGAGGCGGAGAUCCUGAGCCUUCUGGACAUCAGCAAGAACACCCUGUCCGAGCUCGUGGACGAGGUAGAUCGCAUUUCCAAGCACGACCCUGGCGCCAACGUUGUGUACCAGGACCAUAUCGAGACCAUCCGCUACAGGGCCUCGACCGCGUCCGCCCACUUGGUCGAGGGCAUCCGGCACAAGACCGAGGUGUUUGCGAACGCCAGCGCCCAGUACAGUGAACCGCAGGUGUUCAAGCAGCUGCUUUCCCUGAUAGCGAAGUUCUUCAACGACACGAAGACCGAGGUGAGGAUGCUGCAGACGACCAGCGAGAGCAUCGAGAAAAACAUUCAGGGCUGGGAUGCCAAAAACCCCGAGAAGCUCUCCGGGACUCUGGCCACGGCCCUCAACGGAGUGACGGGCAGCGUGGAGUUCAAGCACAGGCUCCUCGCCCUUGAUUCCGACCAAAUGGCGCACCUUAACAGCACCGCGGAGGCGUGCGAGAUGCUCGACAACAUGCUCACAACUACUCUGCAGCCCGCCUUCAACAGCCUGGUGCACAUGAAGGAUACCCUGGACCGCAUGGCCAAAGUGGUGCCCAGCAUCCUGAAGCCCCUUGCAUACGACGCCUCCGGCCUGAUGGAACGACCCACGACUCUUCUUGUCAACAUGGCCUACGUGCAGCACGUUGCGCUCACAGAGUCCGCCACCAUCGUGCUGACCCAGGCGGCGCCCGCCAUCCUGUCGCGGCUCCACUGCGCCAUCGACAGCGCCGGCGCCCGCGCCUCCCUCGGCCUCGCGGCGUGGCUCGCCCUCGCGGCGUGGCUCGCCCUCUGA